UCGGGAGGGCGGGGCUGCAGCGCGCCAGGGAGGAGGGGCGCUCCGGGCCACGCCCACUAGGGCCAUGCCCCUGCUGUUCGUGCGGUCCUGUUUUCUAGCUCCGGUGAGCUGCGAUUGGCGGGCAGCUACAGAGCCCUGCCCCCUCCGAGCGCGCUCCCAAAAAAGCCGGCUCCUCGGCGUCGCUCGCUAGCACGCGCCGGCGCUCCGCGGUCCUGCCUGCCUCCUAGCGGGCGGAGUCCCUAGAAGCGGCUCUUCGAGUGGAAGGCGGGAAAAUGGCGGACUCCUCGGAGCGGGGCGCGGGGAAGCCCGCAGCCACUGGUGCCCCCAAGACAAAAGGAAGAAGAGUACAAGGAGGAAGAGUGGUUGAGUCCAGAUACCUGCAAUAUGAGAAGAAAACUAAGAAGGCUUCCAUGUCUGCUGGAGAGAAGUCACCAGAGGGAAGAAAGCCCAGCACAUUGCAGAAGAUCAAAGAAGACAGCCUGGUGAUAGGAUCAGGAGGCCUGCAGUCCACCAUGCUGGAAGGGCACAGCACAGCCCCGCCCUGCCUAGACCUCUCAUCCAUCAAAGACACAAGCAUGUUCAGGACGACUCCCCAGCUAGACAGGACAGUGUCAAAGAAAGCUGAGUCCACGUCCUGUACCACUCAGAAAAAGACACGCCUUCCCAAGAAGAGACAGGAUCUGCAAGAGACCAUGGACAUGAUGGAGUCGCAGACACUGCUGCUGACCCUGCUGUCUGUGAAGAUGGAAAACAACCUGGCUCUGCUGGAGGAGAAGGCUGAGAAGGACUUGGCGGCCUUAUGCCGUGAGAAGGAGCGUCUACAGCAGCGGGUGCUGGAACUGCGGCGCCAGCUGCUGCUCCAGCAGAAACAUCAGGAGCUGGCUACCAUCCUGGAUGCCCAGAUGGAGGUGCUGGGCCCUCUCGAGGCUGUAGCAAAGCGUUUCAAGGAGCAAUACAAGACACUGGCCACAGCCUUGGAUGCCACUCGACAUGAGCUGCCCGUGCAGGGCAUCCACAUGCAGGGAAAUGGGCAGGAACUCCUAGAUGAUCUGGAGCCGGCCCUAAAGACCACCCUGCAGCUCCUGAGCGAGCUGGGCAUCUCCUCCCCGGACGCCAGCGGGCAGGUGCCGGACGUCAGCACGCAGGUGUCACGCCUGCUGGAGGAACUCAGGGACUUGAUUACCAAGAAGGACCGAGAGCUCUACAGGAUCUUUGGUUUAGCUAUGGAACUUUCCACCCAGGCCAGCAAGGAGGCUGCCCUGAUAAACCAAGAAGCCUGGGAAGAGGCCCAGGGCACCCCAACCUGCGGCCAGUGGUACUUCGGUCCAGAGGCCGCAGACAUCACCACUGCUGUAAACAAGUAGAGAAUAAAUGUCAAAACUUAAAUCUACAGUUCAUUCUAUGUGGCAUAAUCAUUCAAGUGUAAUUUCAAACAGUCUGAGACUGUGAUCAUGUAAUGAGAAACAAACAAUUUCAUAUUGAGAACCCAUUUGCCAAUAAUUCUGUCAUUUGUAACUUGAAUCAGUCAUCACCCCUGCAAAUAACCUUUCAAGACAUUAUUUGCAAUUUUGUCCUCUGCUUUCUGUCCUUGAUGUUGUGAAAAUGGCUGUCUACUGUUAACAGGAAUGAAAAAAGAUCCCAUUCAAAUACCUUUUGUGUUUCCACUUUCAGUGAAAAAUGUUUUUCAAACCUGCAGCUGGUUAUUUCUUCAGGAGUUCCCACUUAUGCUCAGAUUUGAUUGACAUUUUGAUAUGGCAGCUUUUCAUGAAAAGCUGUUAACUUGUAGAAUUCAGUUAUGGCACUAGGACAGACUGACUUUGUUCUGUGGCUAGGACCUGUCCAAACUAAAUAGAACCCUGCAUCUGAAUUUAAUAGUCUACUCUGCCUAGAUAGGGCACUUUGCCUUUUAGAGACAGAGACAGACAGAGACAGAGAGAAAUAUGUAUGUACAUGUAGCACAGAUGAGGAUGGGAAGAUGGGAAGAGAGGGAGAGAAGAAAGAGGGAGGGAGAAAAAAAUUUUUUUAAAGAAAUUGAUAGAUUACAGAUCUUCCAAACAAAAUCUCAUUGUAUCACACUUCAACAUUUUUUUUCUUCAUUUGCUGGCAGCAAUUUGGGAAGUCAGUUCAUAGAGAUGGUGACCCCUCCCAACACCAAUUGAAUGACCAGUCUGUGCAGCAGAGCUGGCAUCAAUGGUAAUUUUCCUUUAUAGACACAAAACAAGACUGGUAGUUUAAAAGCACUACCCUUCUGCACAUAUCCUACUAGAAUUCUACAAGCCCCUGAAUUAACCACUUUUAUUUAUUUCCAAGACUUGAGAACCUUUUGAGCUGUAUUUAUGUACAUCCUGUAUUGGUGUUACUUAAAGAGAAAACCGAAGGAAAUCAGAAUGGGAUCUCCAGAUGAAUACUACAAACUCUUGGGACCAAAAAAGAAAGAAAAGAAAAGGUAUCUGUUCCCACAGGGGAGUGGGAACUACGUGUGGUCUCCAUUCCUGUAAAUCUCGUUUGAAGGCUGAGACAGGAGGAUGUUCAAGUCCAUCCAGGGCUACAUGGUAAAAACUCUCAGAGAAAAAGAUUGGAGAGCUGACUCCAUGGUUAAGAGGGCUUGCUGCUCUAGCAGAGGACUAGAGUUCAGUUCCCAGUACCCACAUUGGAUGACAACUGUCUACUUCCAGGCUCUUUUAUCAGCCUCCCCUGAUGAUGGACUGUGACCCAAAUAAACCC